UAGCCGAGCACAACGAUGGUACAAACGUGAGACAAAACAAAUAUGUUGUCACACAGCUGUCCCCUGUUCCUCCAAGGGCAAUCCCCGCGUCGCUACUGCAGAUGUCAUUAGCUCAGGUUGCCUAGAGCUCAUCUUGCCAACCAAGAACGACAAGACGGCAAGGCCCGCCCCGCAUCUCAGGGUGCUGUGGGUGUGCAGGAGUGACUUCCACACACACAUACUGUACUCAAUAAAGAAAGAGGUAGAAAAAGAUAGAGGAGGAAGAGGAAAAGGCCACAGUCCAAAGAGCUGCAUGUGUGCGCCUACCUGACCCGGUGACAGAGAAAGAAAAGAGAAAGAAAAGAGAGAGAGAGAACGUGACCAAGAGAGAGUGAGGAUUCCUGAGGACUCAGCCAGUCAAAGCGUUUCCCGGUUCCCCCUAUCGACCCAUCACACUCUUGAACCUAAACCAACAUGGCCACCCAAGCCACUCUGGAGCUGCCCUUCAGGCCCGACGCCCAUCUGACCGAGGUGAUGCGUCAGCGGGCCCAGUCGCUGCAGCAGCGUGGCGGGAAGAGGCAGGACGGCGAGCGCCUCCUCCGACCACACGAGGCCAUCUACCGCCUGGACUUCUCCCAGCAGGCAUUGCGUUUUGCCCACUGGGGAGUGAAGCUGGCACGCUCAGGCCGCCUCACCGUGAUUGCCACCUCACAGCUCUGGACGCCCGACCUCACCCACCUGAUGAACCGCCAGCUGCUGGAGCCGGCGGGGGUGUUCUGGCGAGCUGAGAGCGACGGCGACGACACACCCGUGCACCACUAUGAGGCAGACGCCCAGGAGUUUGGUGAGCGGAUCGCCGAGAUGGCGAAGGUGAGGAAGACAAUGUACUUCCUGCUGGCAUUUGAGGAGGGCGUUGGUCCGGACGCUGUUGAAUGCUCCAUCAGCUUCCAGGUGGACCAGAAGUGAAGACUGUAGGAGGAAAUGGCAGACGGAGGGCAAGGUACUAGGCGGACAUUUUGGUUAUGUUUAAUUUAAUUUGACUAUCCUCUGGCCUUAUGAGCAAGUACGUUUGCCAUUUCUCUUCUUGUUGUCUUUCGUCAUGUUUUUCCACCACCACCAUUCCUCGUCGGAGAACAACUUUGUUUUUCGUUUAGAAUUUCAGUCAUUUUCUACAUAUGCUACUUCUUCUUAGAGUUAGAGGUAAAGUUAGGUUUAGAGCACGGGUCUCAAAAUGACGACCUGUGAUCCAAAUCUGGGCGAUUUAAUGUGGCCUGCAGUAGUUGUUAGAAUGCGGUAACACAGGGGAAAGGACAGACAAAUCGACCGACCGGAGGGACCACAACCACUCACUUCCUCUGGGGUAGAGGAAAGAUAACACCUCAACACCUCCACUCCCUUGACUCGAUCGCUUCCUUUUUAACACUCUCUUCUUCUUCCUGUCUUCCAUUUUAGCAUAGAACGACCGGCCUCAAACAAAACACAAAACCUUUUUGGAUUUCAAUAUGCCCUUUCUACUGUAGGUAGACUUUCUGUAGGGAUCCAGGUAAUACUAGUCUAGUUUAUCAAAAGACUGGAGCAUUUCUGAUGUUGAAAUUACUAUUAAAGAUGCAGUAAGUGUUUCACUUGUGAGUGGACUUUUAAACCCGAGGCUUCAAUCAUGUUUCCUUCAGAUCUUUGUAGAGCAUUCAGAGCCGUACUGUAGCUACAAUCAGUCGAGUCUAGAGAUGUGAUUAUUCAUUACUUGUAAGGUUUGUUUGAUACCAUAACGUGACUAAAGCAACUAAUUAGAGAAUGACUACUUGUGUGUAAUUGAUGUGCAUUUGAAUAAAUCGUAACAAA